AUGUGGAGGUCACUGACAUCAGGCCAAUGCUCUGGAAGCAAAGCUCUGCUCACACGCUCCUGGGAAAGCCUUCACUGUUCAGUGGUGCUGCCCCCUGCUGGACGCUCCUGGGAAAGCCUUCACUGUUCAGUGGUGCUGCCCCCUGCUGGACGCUCCUGGGAAAGCCUUCACUGUUCAGUGGUGCUGCCCCCUGCUGGACGCUCCUGGGAAAGCCUUCACUGUUCAGUGGUGCUGCCCCCUGCUGGACGCUCCUGGGAAAGCCUUCACUGUUCAGUGGUGCUGCCCCCUGCUGGACGCUCCUGGGAAAGCCUUCACUGUUCAGUGGUGCUGCCCCCUGCUGGACGCUCCUGGGAAAGCCUUCACUGUUCAGUGGUGCUGACCCCUGCUGGACGCUCCUGUAAACACAGUCACAGGAGGCUUUCCCCCAUUUUGACCCUGGAGCCACAACUCGAGCACUUAGUGUCACUUCACUGCGAGCGCGAGGGAGGAGGAUUCAUCUGA